AUGGCUGACGCUCUUAUCAGCUCCACAAUUCAGGUCACCUUGGAAAGGGCACUGUCUCUUGCCUCUACUAGGAUUGGUUUGCUAGUUGGGUUCAAGAAGGAUGUGGCCGGCAUGACACGUUCUCUCCGCUUUAUCAAAGAUGUCCUGGCUGAUGCUGAGGAAAGGCAAAACCAAAGCAGCGGAGUGCAACGAUGGUUGAAUAGUCUCGAGGAGGUUGCUUAUGAUGCUGACAAUGUGUUGGAUGAGCUCCACUAUGAAUCUCUUCGUCACCAGGUGGAGUCCCGAAACCGACACAAGCUCAAGGUAUGCUGCUUCUUCUCCUGCUCUAAUAUUAAUCUUGCUUUUCGUUGGAGAAUGGCUUCUAAGGUCAGGGACAUCAAACUUAAGUUGAAUGGCAUCUAUCAAGAUGCCCAUGGAUUGGGACUGGUCAGUAGGGCAGUCAUGACAACUGCCCUCCCUGCUGCUCCUGCUGUUGGAGACACGAGAAGUCGGCAGACCGACUCUGUUGUUGCUCCAAUGGUUGGAAGAGCCGAUGAUGAAUCAGAGAUAGUGAAGAUUUUGUUGAGCCUGUCUGAGAAGGUUGUUUCUGUUCUUCCCAUAACUGGUAUGGGAGGUUUAGGCAAAACAACUUUGGCUAAAUCCAUAUACAACAACAAGCAAAUUGAUGAACACUUUAACAAAAAAAUUUGGGUUUGUGUAUCAAGACAAGUUCAAAUAGAGGAGCUUUUCAAACUCAUAUUAGUGCAAUUGACGGAAGAAAAGGUUGAAGUAGAUGAUAGGAAUCUCAUCGUUGGAAAAAUUGGGAAUCACCUAGGGGGAAAAAGAUAUUUCCUAGUCCUUGAUGAUGUGUGGGAUGAUAAUCAGGUAUUGUGGAAUGACUUUUUCACCAUCUUGAAGGGGCUCAAUCCAAUUAAUGGAAGUUGGUGUCUGGUCACUACUCGUUUAGGUCCAGUGGCACAUAGUGUGUCUAGAGUUUUGAUGAUGGAAACUGAAUUAGUCUAUGCCUUAGGAAGACUACCUGAUGAUCAUUGUUGGUCUAUCAUAAAAGAAAAAGUAGUUGGAGGGGAAGAAGAACCUGAUGAACUAAAAGCAAUUAAAGAGAGAGUAAUCAAAAGAUGUGAUGGUCUACCGUUGGCUGCAAGUGUAAUUGGAGGUCUGUUAUCUUUAAAGAGAAAAGAGGAGUGGCGAUCAAUUUUGGAGAAUAGGCUUUCGAGUUUGAGUGCAGGUGAGGAUGGUGUGAUGCAAAUACUUAAGUUGAGUUUUGAUAAUUUGCCAUCUCGAAACAUUAAGAAAUGUUUUGCACAUUGGUCUAUAUUUCAUAAGGAUAGUCAGAUAAAAAGGAAUAUGCUUAUCGAACUUUGGAUGGCAGAAGGUUUCCUCCAAGCAGACGUCAAAAACCAAACGAUGGAGGAAAUUGGAAUGAAUUAUUUGAGAAUUUUAUUGCAGAGUUCAUUGUUGGAAGAAAUAACUGAUCGGUUGAUAACAUCUUAUAGGAUGCAUGAUUUGGUGCACGACCUUGCAGGGUCAAUGUCAAAGUCUACCAAAGUCAUUAUUGAUAGGGAUACACAUACAGUAGACAAUGGUAAUCAGAUUCGUUACCUUACAAUAGACUCAUUUGGUGUUGAAGAAGAUACAGAAAAAUUUUUGGAGAGUCUAUCAACUUCGCUUCAUACAUUGUUUGUAAAUUAUUACUUUUCUGGUGAUAUGUUAAUGAAGUUGAAGAACUUGUAUGUUUUGGUUGCAACAGUUGGAAAAUUACCAAUUUCAAUUGGCAACUUGAUACAUUUGCGGUAUGUUAACCUUUUGUAUUCUCCAAUCAGUAUUUUGUCGGACUCCCUUUGCAAGCUUUACAAUCUGCAAACAUUGACGCUAAGUAACUCAAAUGUUAAAGUUCUUCCAGAGGGGAUGUGCAAUUUGAUUAGCUUGAGACAUCUCCACUUUUACACCUUUGAUACAGAAUUUCAAAUGCCGCUGAAUAUGGGACGGCUGACUUGCCUUCAGACACUUGAGUUCUUUAACGUGGGUCGAGAGAAGGGUCGACGCAUUGGAGAGCUUGGAAGCUUGAAGAACCUCAAAGGCAAAUUGGAGAUACGCAAUCUGGAACUAGUAAUGGAUAAGGAAGGAGCUGAGGAAGCAAAACUAUUUGAAAAGGCAAAUCUAUUUAGGCUGCAACUUAAGUGGGCCCAGGAUCGAGAAGGCCACGACUACAUCGACAAAGAUGUGUUGGAUGGCCUUCAACCCCACCCGAAUUUGGAGGAGUUGGUAAUUUGGUAUUUUCUGGACGAUCAAUUUCCUCGAUGGUUAAUGGAUUUGACAACAACAACAACACUCCCUGAGUUUGCAACAACACUCCCCAAGUUAACGAGUUUGGAGUUUAAUCGCUGCCACAGAUGCAGAGAACUCCUUCCCUUGCAAAACUUUACGUCUCUUAAAGAGCUGGUGAUUGAUGAGUGCGAUGGGUUGAUGAAUCUGCCCGGUGACUUGCUACACUCUUGUGCCUCUCUCCAGAAGCUUCAGGUGAGUUGGUGCGGCAAUCUUGUCUCCUUUCUGCUUGAUUUGCAACAAACGCCUUCUCUCUUGAAGCUGGAAUUAUACAGGUGUCCCAAAUUGAAAACAAGCAUGACGCCCAAAGGAUUUGGUUUUCUAACCAGCUUAAGGGAGCUUGCAAUUGGUCCCUUCUCAGAUGAUGGUGAUGAUCAUGAAAAUUCUUCAAUUUACAAUGAGUUUGAUUGGUGUGGAUUGAUAUCCUCCUCCUCCUCCCCUUCGUCAUCCGCACUCCGUGAAUUAGGAUUAGUUGGGUUGCCACACAUGGAGUCCCUGCCACAUCAGAUCCAAUACUUGACCAAUCUCACGUCACUAUCGCUAAGUAACUUCGGAGGUAUAAAAGCUCUGCCAGAUUGGUUCGGAAACUUCGUUGCUCUUGAAUACCUGUAUUUAUAUGAUUUCAAAGAGCUUCGACAUUUACCCUCUGAGGAUGCCAUGAGAAGUCUCACCAAACUAAAAUCUCUGGAGGUUUAUCGUUGUCCUCUGUUAAAAGAAAGAUGCACUCUUGAGAGCAGCGGCCCCGACUCCUAG